UCUCAACAGAAGACCAGAGCCACGGGUUUGAACUGUGUGAAUGACUUUGCUUAGCGCACGGCCCAUUGGAUGAAUCGACAUCAGGACAAGCAGUCAAUUAUUAACACAGAAUCCACUGCUAAAUCUUGCCGUCAGACUGGGAGAGGGGGAGGUCUGCAAGAUAAUUUCACUGGACCGACCAGCAUCUAAAAUGCAAGCUGUGUUUCUAUCCUUUGUCCUGUUCAUGUGCCUAUGCUCUUUAGGAAAAUGUCAAAAAAGAAACUGUGAAAAAAUCUCAAUUGAGGAGAAAAGACCAGCUAAUUUGGAUUUAUCAAGUCUUGAACCCAGCUACGAACAUGGCCAAUCAGUACGAUUACGUUGUGAGCCUGGUUAUACUGGAUUACAACGGGCCAAUUGCAAUGAUGGACAUUGGACUGUUACAGGAAGAAAAUGUCAGAAAAAACCAUGUGGUCACCCAGGAGAUACACCAAAUGGAGAUUUUGAGUUGGCCAGCGGAGAUGACUUUGUAUUUGGAGCUGUAGUUCAGUACAUGUGCAAAACUGGCUAUCGCAUGAUGAGCAGAAACAGUCAGCGGAGUUGUGUGGCCAGUGGUUGGGACAAUGACGUUCCUGUCUGUGAAGAGGUAAAAUGUCCAAUAAUACAAGUGGCUGAUAAUGUGCAGGCAUCAGGCAAUGUUGAAGAAGGGGGCUAUGGAGAUGUCAUUCAUUUUGAGUGCCAGUCGCCAUACUUGCAGUUAAAUGGACCUGGAGAAAUACAUUGCACUGAUGAAGGAAAAUGGAGUGGUGAUAUUCCAACAUGUAAAGAAAUACAAUGUGAAAAACCGGACAUCCUACAUGGAAGCGUUAUAGGCACCCAGCCAGUGUUCAGGAAGGAUGAUAUCCUGAGAUACACUUGUGAUAAAAGAUACAAAGCCUCUGUAGGACCAAACCCAAAAUGCACCAAAACUGGUUGGACUUCAACACCGGAAUGCAAAGAGAUUAGAUGCAGAUUAGAUAAAGCCUCCACCGGAACAACGAGAAUCCCAGACCAAAGUUUUUACCUUCCUGGACAAGAAGUUGAAAUUGUUUGUUUAGAUCGAUAUCGGACCCCUACAUUCAAACAGAAAGAUUCUUUUCUCUGUGGAGAAGAUGGCAACUGGCUGUCUGGAAAAACACCAGAUUGUGAAGAAAUCUUUUGCUCUCGACCUCAGGAAUGGCAGGUGGUAUUUCCUUGGCAUUAUAGUUACAGGUAUAAGCAAACUGUAAGUUACAGAUGUGCAGGAAAGUAUAAGAAAGUUGCAGAGUUUGCUACAUGUGGACUAGAAGGCUGGAUUCCCAGAACUCUAUGUGUCAACCAGUACACAUGUAUCCCACCCACAAUUGAAAAUGGGUUCAUAGUGCAGCAUAAAUUGGACAAGGAGGUCAUUGUGAUGUUUGCAUGCACGGAUGGUUUCAAACUAAAUACUGGGGGGUGGUGGAAGGCAAGCCAAUGCUAUAGCGGCACAUGGUCUCUCAUACCUAAGUGUAUUGAUCAAAAUAUGUGUACUGCCCGACCUGAGGCUGAAUAUGUAAAAUACACAGAGCCUGCAAUGGAAGUUUAUACAAAUGGGAAAUCUCAGCAGUUUCAAUGUGAACCUGGUUACACAUCAGAAAUACAAAGCAUUCAUUGUGUAGAUGGAGAGUGGGAGAAACCAGUUUGCAGUCGAGAUGGUAAUUGGUGUGAAGCUCCACCAGAUGAAAUCAAUGCUAUCAUUGUCCAAUCGCAUAACAAACUGUACAGAGAUGGGGUCACGGUGUCAUAUACAUGUCGUGGGUCUUACAAAAUUGAAGGUGAGAAGAACACAAUCACAUGCAAUGCAGGACACUGGACCAAUCCCCCGACAUGCAUUCCUGUAUGUGCUGCCCCAGCUAAUGCUGAUGAUGUGACUUACAUGUUUGUAAGUAAAAAGGAAUUUUAUUGGCCGGGAGAAGUUCUGAAAAUUGAAUGUAAACCUGGUUACAGAUCAGAACUGCAACAAGUUCAGUGUCGUAACAAAACAUGGGAAGACCCAAAUUGUACACGAGAUAAUACAUUUUGCACAACUCCACCAAAAAUUGAAAAUGGAACUAUUGUCUCCCAAGAACAAGAAUACCCAAAUGGAUCUGAAGUGAAAUAUAGAUGUGAUAGGUUUCAUAAAAUUGUUGGCAAAGACACAAUUACAUGCAGACUGGGAAACUGGAAUAAACCACCAUCAUGCAUCAAACAAAGCUGUGGUAAGCCUAAUGGCAAACAUAUGGAGUUAAAUCCAGAUGUGGUUGAGUAUCAAGAUGGAGCUACCGUGAGGUAUACAUGCAAGUCACCAUACACUGCAACACCAGGUGGAGUUUUGAAUUGUGCGAAAGGCCAGUGGAAUGGUAUAGUGGAAUGCAAAGUGCCUGAAUAUUCAUGUGUUCCACCUUCAAAUGAGAGCUUCAUACAAGUAAUUGGGAACACAGAUGAAUUAUUUCAUCAUGGAACCUCUGUGAAAUUCCAAUGUCCACUCUAUUAUACUUUUCUGGAAGACCAAAUCGUGGAAGACCAAAUUGUGAAUACGUUCGAGAAUACAUGCCAUUAUGGAGAAUGGACCCAUCAAAUGACAUGUUGGAAACCCUGCACGGUGACACAAAAGGACAUGGAUGACAGAAACAUUGUGUUUAAAUACCUUAGGGAAGGUCUAAAGUAUAUCAUACAUAAUGACCAUUUUACAUUUGAGUGCAAACAGAGUACAACAAAAAAGCCUGGUAGUGUUGGCAUGAAACGGCAGUGUAUCAACGGCAAGAUGGAACUUCCUGAAUGUCACUAAUACACUAAUAUACCAUUUAUGCUUCCCUCAUCUGUUGUCGUUUGGAAUUCGAAAUUUGGCUUUUCACAAUCCAAUGAUAUAUCCAAUGUGCAAACUAGUUGGUGAUGGAAUGGAACUGCCAGUAUGCAUGCUACACAGAGGUCUGAUAGGGCUGUGCAUAGCCUUAUAAGUAGGCAAGAUACAGUCACAGUCAGUUUUUAAGCAAAAUACACACACUUUUGGAGUUUUUUUGAGAAAACAAAUAAACCAGGACCAUUUCAAUAGCUCAACACAACUGUGUCUUUUAUUUUGUCUUUUUAAUUAUUUUUUAUUUUAUUUUAAAAUGAUUUUACCUUGUGCUUUUUAUGUUUUCUUUUUUCUGAUGAUCUUUACCUAUAGUUACCAAACUAUUAUCUGACUAUUGCUUUUCUGCUUUUUUAUAUUACUGUUUGAUUUUGUUUAUGUAAAACACUGAAUGACCUCUGUGUAUGAAAUGAAAACGCUAUAUAAAUAAACUUGACUUGACUAUGGCA